GGCCAGGAACCCGAUGGAAAGUUAAUUAGUUACCAAAAACCCGCAUAAACCUCGCGCUGCCCCCAAAAAUCCCUAAUCAAUGGUGGCGAUGGGUUUCUUCUUCCUCCCCGUCGCCCGCCGAUGAGAUCCAUCUUCUCUCCCCACCCUCCACUCAAGCCUCUCAUCUUCCCACUAACCAGACCUUUCAUGGCUUCUUCCGUUAGCCAAGUUCUAGACCCGCCCACCAGCCCGGACGAUUCAAUCUGUUCCAGCAGCCCUCUCCAUCACCAAGACGCAGCCCAACCAGAGGAAGACCCUUCUUCUUCUUCAGCCGUCCCCUCUUGCGUCUCCCCCUCGCCCAACGGGUACCUCACCGGAGAAUCUCGGGCGGAGCGAGCAUGGGCACACUGGAUCGAGCUUGGUCGCCCCAAGUUCGUUGUUGCUCCGAUGGUGGACAACUCCGAGCUCCCCUUUCGGAUGCUCUGCAGAAAGUACGGAGCAGAUGCUGCUUACACUCCGAUGCUUCAUUCCAGGAUUUUCACCGAGAAUGAGAAGUACAGGACCCAGGAAUUCACCACUUGCAAGGAGGACCGGCCGCUGUUCGUUCAGUUCUGUGCAAAUGAUCCAGACACCUUACUUGAAGCUGCUGGGAGGGUGCAACCUCAUUGCGACUAUGUCGAUAUUAAUUUCGGUUGCCCUCAGCGGAUUGCCAGGCGGGGGUAUUACGGUGCUUUUCUAAUGGACAACCUGCCACUGGUAAAGUCCCUGGUUGAAAAGCUGGCCCAGAACCACAUCCGUGUCUCCUGUAAAAUCCGAAUCUUCCCAAAAUUGGAGGAUACAAUUAGCUACGCCAAGAUGUUGGAGGAAGCUGGCUGCUGGGUGCUGGCUGUACAUGGCCGAACUAGAGAUGAAAAAGACGGGAAGAAGUUCAGGGCUGACUGGAAAGCCAUCAAAGCUGUAAGAGAAGCAGUGAGAAUCCCUGUUCUCGCCAAUGGCAACAUCCGCCACAUGGAAGAUGUUCACGACUGUUUGGAGGAGACAGGCGUGGAAGGUGUGCUUUCAGCCGAGACUCUGCUGGAGAAUCCAGCUGUGUUUGCUGGAUACCGAACUCCUGAAUGGGUCUCUGCUGGCGAGGAAGAAGAAAAGCACAGAGAUGGAUUGCUCGACCAGGCUGAUUUGGCGGUGGAGUAUUUGAAGCUGUGCGAAGAGUACCCUGUGCCGUGGAGAAUGAUCCGUUCCCAUGUGCAUAAGAUGUUGGGAGAGUGGUUUAGGGUUCAUCCUCAUGUUAGGGAGGAUCUGAAUUCACAAUCCAAGCUGACAUUUGAGUUUCUGUAUGAUAUGGUGGACCGUCUCAAGAAGCUCGGCGGGAGGAUUCCACUUUACGUUAAGGAUGCGGAUGUAGCCAAGUCCUAAAGCUUCUGCUAAUCGGGGUAGCCAAUUGAAUUAAGGGCAGCUUGGCUGUUCUAUUCAUCCUUGUGUCAUGAACAAGGUACGAUGUACAACAUAUACAAUGUAUGUUCCUUUAUACUGUGGUUCAUAGGAUGUCAUGUUACAGUUCUUAUUAGCCAAUGUGGUUUUCUUCUCCCCUGGUUGUGGUAUGGGAAUUGGCCCACUUAUAUGUUUUGAAGACCAUUUUACAGGAAACUUUAGAUUGUUAUAUUCUCACGAUUGAAAGGGUUACUGCAUAUGGGCUUUCCUCUUGUUUUCUUCAUUCUUAGUUUGGUUUCUUAAACUUUUCCGCAACUGUGCUUCUGAGAAAUAUUAUUUAUUGCAAUAUAAGUUAUAUAACCAUAGAGGCAUAGAGCCAUGAAUGACGAAAUUGGUUUGAUCUCUAA